AUGUUUUAUGGAAUUGUAAGUGAUAUCUUGAGCCAAAGUGGAUUUAGCUGGGAUUCCUCAACACAAAUGAUAAGUGUCGAUGAAAACAGCAUAUGGGAAGAAUAUGUGAAGUCUCAUGAUGAAGCUGUAAGCUUUCGGUUUAAAAGAAUCCUAAAUUGGGAUGAUUUAGUUAAUUUGUGUGGCAAAGAUAGAGCCACUGGAGAGGGUGCUGAAACAGGUUUUGAAGCCACUGAGGUUAUGACUCCUCCUGCUAAUGAAGAUAGUCAUAUUGAUUUGGAAGGUGAUAACCAAGCAUCAGAAGAUAUUCACAUUAUUGAAGACAUUUCACCAAACCAAGCAAGUUCUCAGAAAAAGAGAAAUGAAGCUACAGUCUCUUCUAGUGUACCUCCUCCAAAGAGAAGAGUUACAACUAAAGAUGUCUUGGGUACUUCAGUGGAUAGAAUGACGUCAUCUUUUGAAGAACUCAUCUGUGCUACUACACAAAGUCUUGCCCCAAAAGAUGUAUUGACAGAAAUAAUGGCAAUACUAGAUCUUUCUAGAGAAGAACAAAUAAAAGCAUGCGCUUGGUUGAUAGAGAACGACAAACAAUUUCUCAUGCAUGUUGAAGGAAGUCCCAGUGGAAAUGAAAAAGACAUGAUGUUGAUGUUUAUUUCAGAUGGAUCUACAUAG